AUGCUCCUUCCGCUCCCGCAGGUCCUGUUGCCUGGUCAGCCAGACGAGGUUCGACAACGAGAGGAUGCUGCUCAGCGUGCAGAAGCCAUGCGAACUCAAGAAGCUCGGGUUGCGGAGGAGGCGCGCGUGGCAGAGGAGGCACGGCGAGCAGAGGAACGCAAGGUCGCCGAGGAAGCCAAGCGCAUGGAGGAAGAGAAGCAAGCAGAGCAAGCCAGGCUUGCGGAGGAAGCCAGGCUCAAGGAGGAAGCAAGGCUUGCGGAGGAAGCGAAGAGUGCGGAAGAACGACGACUCGCAGAAGAGGCAAGGCUCGCCGAAGAAGCGCGCAUGGCGGAAGAGGCCCGCAUUGCGGAGGAAGCGAGGCUCGCGGAAGAAGCACGCUUGGCAGAAGAGGCCCGAAUUGCCGAAGAAGCAAGGCUCGCCGAAGAAGCGCGCUUGGCUGAAGAGGCUCGGCGUGCGGAGUUCGAGGCCAAGCUGCGCGCGGAGAUGGAGGCGAAGGAGAAGCAAGUGAACCAGCGGGUUGACGGAGAUGGCUGCAUCACCUGGGAGGUCGACCUGAUGAAGAACGAAGGAGAGGCGUUUGGCUGGGGUCGGUUGGUUGCAGCUCUGCAGAGUUUCGAAGCCAUGUCGAGUCCUUUGAAGACUUGUGCUUGUGCCGCUGCUUCUGGCUCAGCUGUGGCACAUGCUGGCCGUGGACACAUGGACGCAAAGUCUUUGACAGACCUCUUAUCUGCGUUAGAUGGCGACUCUGCCGUGCACCUCAUCUUGGAGGUGUUGAAACUGCGACCAGCCCUGAGCCCUGCGGUUGUGGGCUUUGCCUGUCCGGCACUAACCUAUGCCCCCGCACGGGGGAUGAUGGAGCGUCGCUGCCGGGGUGUAGUGAGGCAAGUGGACCGCGCCCAGGGAUUCGGCUACAUCGCGAGCCCCGAAAUCGAGGCUACCUUCGGGAUGGACGUCCUCGUCCGCGAAAGCCAGCUCAGAGCCUUUCAGGCUGGUGACGAGGUAAGCUUCACAUGCGUCUUGAAUGAGGAGCAGAAGCCCCAAGCGUUCGAAGUUCUAACCGCAAAUGGGAUGCCACUUGCGGCCGUGGCGCCUGUGCCAGAAUGGACUGACUGGAACCACUGGGCGGACGGGAACGAUCCCAAAAAGCGCAGACUGUAG